CGUUGUGGCGCGCGCCGACGCUCUUCCACGUCUCCGCUCCCGCGGGCCCAAUGGUCGGAGAAGGCUGCGUGUACGAGCAAGGCCGGGAAAAAACAUGGCGGCGCCCGUCCUGAGAGUGUCCACCCCUCGAUGGGAAAGAAUAGCCAGGUUCCUCGUUUGCCUGCUCGGAAUACUGCUGUCCGUCUACGCGUUUCACGUGGAGAGGGAAAAAUCUCGGGAUGCGAACUAUCAGGCCAUGUGCGACCUCAGCAACUCUAUAAGCUGUUCCAAAGUGUUCGGCUCAAGAUGGGGUCGAGGAUUCGGCUUGCUGGGGUCCAUCUUUGGUAACAACAGCGCAAUAAAUCAGCCAAACAGUGUCUACGGAAUAUUGUUUUAUGUCUUUCAGCUGUUAUUAGGCUUGACUGUGAGCGCGAUGGCCGCCCUGAUUCUCAUGACCACGUCCAUCGUCUCAGUGAUAGGCUCAGUGUACCUGGCCUACAUCCUCUACUUUGUCCUGAAAGACUUCUGCAUUAUCUGCAUUACCACAUAUGCACUGAACUUCAUUCUGCUCGUGCUCAACUACAAGAGGCUGGUCUACUUGAACGAGGCCUGGAAGCAACAGUUAAAGCGGGACUAAAAGUGGAGAAAAAAAAACAAGGAUUAAAAAAAGAAACAAAAGAAAUGUGACCUCCGAACAUUUGACUCGUCAUCGGGAGAUGUUGCUUCCAAACCAGUGUCUAUUGUGUACAUGUAAAAACAAAAAUACCCAAUCUGAAGAAAAUGAAAAUCCUAGGGUCGCAGAUCACGAGUUAAUUUGCGUUCACAAAGGAAGGAUUUAAAACAGAAAGUGUUUUUUUUUUUUUGUUUUUUUUUUUGGUUUCUUGUUCAUGAGGGAUGGUGCCAGGAUGAUAAGCGCGGAGUUAAAGAAAGAUCUCGAGAGCACUCAGAGUGCGGACAGAGGAAGUCCUGUGAAGUACAGAGUGAUCAGGAUAAGUGUACAGAAGGCAUAGGCCUAGGCCUGUCAAAUGGUGCUUACUUGAAUCCAGUGGAGAAGUCUUGUUUUUGUCGAGCUUUACGUCAACUGAAUUAUGGGCUUUUUAAUGAAUAAAAGUGCAUGAUCAUGAGGUUUAUGUACGGUUCACAGAGGUAAUUCCAUUAAAAGAUAUAAAAAGUAGAGAAACGGUUAAACAAAUCAAUGGUAAUUUUAUGUUUACAGUAUUUUUUUUUAUUAUUAUUUUUUUUUUUGAGUAAGACCACUAAUUUUAAACUAUGGGAGAAUUGUGAGAUGUUGGUGUGUAGAUCGAAGUCAUUGUCAUCUACAAUUUUGUUUUAUCCUGCAGUUCCUGUAAGUAGAUAGUGUAUUAAAGUUACUUGGGCAGUUUUUUAUUUUUAUUUUUUUGGGGGUGUUUGAAAAAACAAAACAAAAAACAAAGUACACCAAGGUUUCUUCUGAAGAGUAAAAAAACUAAAAUGUUUGACUUAGGUCUUACAGUUGUGUUGUAGAUCUGCACCAAGCUCUCACAUUCCAGUUUUUACUCAUCGUAGCCGAUUAGGCAUCCGUUAAGUUUAGUCAUAAGUUUAGUCAUAAUUUGUUUAAAUUGCACCUAAGGAGGAGUAAGAUCCUUCUUAGUCCUAGGUCAGGCAUCGUGUUUGUUCGGGGGGAAGGGGAAACUCGGAGUUCACAGUCAUGAAAAGGCUAACUUGUGAACGAGUCUGUAGCGCAGUGCGUCUUUUCCUCCACCCUGCUGAGACAGCUCUUCAGACAAGCUCCCUUUUCUGUACUCUAUUGUAAAUACUCUUGUAUGUCAGCAUUCCUGUACACACAGUAACAUUCACUAGAGAAUAAUGUGCCUAAAAAAUUUUUUUUGUCCAUGACUCGAAAUGUGUUGUACUUAAAAAGUAUUUCAUUGUGUCCCUUGUUUCUUGUGCGUUAUUGUGUUUUGUUAGCGUUUCCUGCCCACAUUUAAUAUGUUCAGCGCUCUGCGUUGUUUUAAAUUACUUAACGUUAAAAUGAUCUUACAUAUUCAAGGCCCUUGUAUAAAGAUACACAUGCCUGUAUCAGGUUAGGGAUCAAGUGCCACCUUAACAACAGCUACUCCUACAAUGUAUUACUACAUAACAGUAUUGGGAAAAUUGCUGUUAAACAUCUACACUGGGAUGUGUAACUGGAAUAUAACGUAUGCAAGUUUGGUUCUUUGAUCACGAGAGUGGUCUCCUUCAGAAUGAGUAAAGUUGCCGCAAAUAGCUGCUUUGUCAUAGCUGUUCUCUUUACCCUGAAAGAACGGGAUCAAAAUGGCAGGAUGAACCUUCCCUCAAUUACAGAACUGUGAUUAGUUAUGUAACCUUACUUUGAGGCCGUAUAUCAAAUUCAUCCUGAGGUUUGUAACAUGUCUUGAUUGCACUCUGCCACAAAAGAAAAGGCAGUGCUUCUAAGUAAUAGUAAUGCCAUACUUUACUAAUGUCGAUCAUUCUAAUACUGAAAUAGCUCAGAGGUCUGAUAACAUCUAUGGCGCAAGUUAAAGCACACAAACGGCUGGUUAAUAACCCCCUGACUGCAUACAGCUGACAGCCCUUACUGGGGAAGGAUCUUGUUACAUUGUGUGCUGACUGAUGAUUCAGUCCACUCCUAGAGAAAAUCCAAUGCAGCACAGAUUGGCAAAAAAACAUGACACAAAGGCACCAAAAUGCCCAGUACACCAUAGUUUGCCACCCACCGGGUCCAGCAGGAGAAGAAUUCCCAUCCCAAUCUAACUAAGCCAUCAUGGCAUGUGACAAAGAUUCGCUGUCAGUGCCCUUGUGCCAGAAACUGUGGCACACCCCCAGAGGUGGGCCAUGGCGUUUGGUGGUACACGCCAAAAAGUGGUUAUGAUGUUUUUAAUUAUAUGGCCCAAACAACAGACAAUAAAACAAAUAAAAACAGACCCUCGUGUUGCAGGGGGUGAACUCUAAGGCUACUUUCACAUUACGGGCAAAAGUGGGCCAUUUAACGGACCAAAUCAGAUUUUUUGUUCGCUUGUUAUUUUUUUCUAUGUGGUUUAAUUCUGAUGUUGGUCUAAGCAGAUCAUGCUUCUGAAUUGACCGAUAUGUUUCAAGGAAAAACAUGUUAUGUGAUGCAUUCAAACCCCCUAUAAAAAAUAAAGGGCAGAUUAUUUUGCCACUUCUUUGGA